AUUAAUCCCAGAGGGAAAUUGAUUGCUGUAGUAGUUCAGAAUAAUAAUAAUAAUCAAGUCAUCAAAGAGUUGUUGUAUAUUACAAUGGCUGUUGGCAGGAAGGAUCUCCAGUAGCGGUCAGUGUUGCAGCAAAGCUGAACAAGCCUCUGACUGAAGACACUCUUCCAUUGUCGGACAGUCUUGUGAAGAGAAUGCUCAGGGUUGUCCAUCAUUUUCUUGAUUCUCUGGAGAAUCCUUCUCUGCAUUAUCUCCUCCAGCAGUUCCACAGUCGUCCCCAGAACAGAACCAGCCUUUUUUAUUAGGCUGUUGGGUAUGUCUUUUCUCUGAUCUGUUCCUUUGCUCUUCUUGUUUGGGAUUUUUCUUGUAAAAUGAAAAAUCUCAAUAAGUCAAAUAGUGUUGCACCUUUAAGUAGAGCAACAGGACAAGCAAUGUAUUCUCUGAGUGUCUUGAGGCAGCUCUAACACAAAAUAAUCUGUCUGUUGGGGAAGGAAGACCCUUCUGCGGGAUGCGUGCUAUAACUUUAUUAUAUCAGGACCCUUAUUGUUAAACAAAGGUUUCGUUUUUAGCUUUUACUGACGUUCUUUGUGGAUUAUUCUUGUUCUGUAGUGUUCGUUUUUGCGAGAACAACCUCUCUGGUGUUAUCACCUUUUGUAUAUUUGCUCAGAUUGUAUUUGUCCAAUCUGGCUUCUCUCAUCUGAAGGUUAUUUUCAUGGUAACAGACUUCUCCCUUCUUAUCCUGCUCAGAUUUGUGUAAAUAUAACCAUGUGGCCAAAUGACAUCACCGAACAUUGUUCAUGCUGAGAAUGAUGUAAAGAUUGGAAAGAGGAUUUGUGAUGAAUUUAACAGUGGGUCCUCCGACUGCCCCUCCUCCCCCUCCUCUCCUCGUAACUCCAUUCACCGAGGAUUACGUUUCUGCGACUGAAACUUGGCAGGAUGUUCACCGCCCCUAAUAUACGUAGUUUCUGACCACACUGGCAUUCCAGCUUUAUGUGCUCGGACCAGCAACUCUUUUGUCAUGUGGAGAGUAGAGAUAUGGCUGCAGAAUGCAGAAGAUGAGAUGAAACCAUAACGGGAGAUAAACCAGCAGGAUGACAAACCAGUCGACAGACAAUCAAUCCAACGCAAAAAAGCAGAAGGAGAAAGAAGAAACCCUACGAGACGACAACACAGAGCUUGCAUUCAAAGAUGCUGGCCACUGCAGCCGCAAUACCCACAACUUGCUGCUGGGACUCACUGUGCUCGGUGUUGUCAUGGGAGCAGUGUUUGGGAUGCUGCUGCGGUACAUGAUGGUGAAGGACAAUGCUGCCCUCACCAUGGUUUCCUUUCCUGGAGACAUCCUCAUGAGGAUGCUGAAGAUGCUCAUCCUGCCUCUAAUCAUAUCCAGCCUUAUUACAGGGCUCGCUGGUCUUGACGCUCGUUCCAGUGGCAGGAUGGGUAGCAGAGCCAUGGUGUACUACAUGUCCACCACUGUAAUUGCUGCCAUUCUGGGGGUCAUCCUGGUGCUGGGAAUCCACCCAGGUAACCCCAAACUGAGGGGCAGAACAACCUCCACGGGUCCAAAGAACCAGGAGGUCAGCAGCCUGGAUGCCUUCCUGGAUCUGAUCCGUAACCUUUUCCCUGAGAACUUGAUGCAGGCUUGCUUCCAACAGGUCCAGACGGUCCUGAAGCAGGUGCCAGUCGCAGCAUCGAACCAAAGCGAGCCCUUAUUAGUGAACAGAAAAAAACUGGAAUACAAAUGGGGCAUGAAUGUUCUUGGCUUGAUUGGAUUCUUCAUCACCUUUGGGAUCUGUCUGGGCAGGAUGGGUGAGCGUGGGAGGAUCAUGUGUGACUUCUUCAACAUCCUCAAUGAAAUCAUCAUGACUAUGGUCUCCAUGAUUAUGUGGUACUCCCCUGUUGGCAUCGCCUCUCUGAUUGCAGGGAAGAUUGCUGCCAUCGGAGACUUGGAGGUGGUGGCCAGGCAGCUGGGCAUGUACAUGGUGACUGUCAUCGUUGGUCUGGUGAUCCACGGCGGCUUGAUCCUACCGGCUAUAUUCUUUGCCAUCACCAGAAAGAGCCCUAUCAUAUUCUACUCUGGCAUCUUCCAGGCCUGGAUCACAGCUUUGGGAACUGCCAGCAGUGCAGGGACGCUGCCUGUCACCUUCCGCUGUUUGGAGGAAAACCUGAAGAUCGAUAAACGUGUGACUCGCUUCGUGCUGCCCAUCGGUGCCACCAUCAACAUGGAUGGCACCGCCCUCUAUGAGGCUGUGGCAGCCAUCUUCAUCGCCCAGAUGAAUGACAUCGCGCUGGACGCUGGUCAGAUCAUCACAGUCAGUAUGACUGCCACCCUGGCCAGUGUUGGAGCUGCCAGUAUUCCCAGUGCCGGACUGGUGACCAUGCUGCUAAUCCUGACAGCUGUUGGCCUGCCCACUCAGGACAUCAGUCUCCUGAUCGCUGUCGACUGGCUGCUUGACAGAAUGCGCACCUCCAUCAACGUCGUGGGUGACUCGUUCGGUGCCGGUAUCGUGGAUCACUUGUCAAAGGCAGAACUUGCAGAAUUUGAUGCAGUGGAAAAGCUCCCGACAGAGGAGGAGCUGGAUUUCAUCCCUCCACCACCAAUCCUUACAGAAAUGGACCUGAUUGACCCUUUCAAACCGCCCGAGCUGCCUCCUCGAUCUCCUCGUCCACCCAAACUAAACCAUCACAGCCAUGUUUUCUCCCAAUCCCAGUCCAUCACUCACUCACCUUCCUGUUCAAUCCGGUCUCCAUCACCACACUCUGUCCGCUCUCCCUCUCCACGUUCCGUAUGCUCCCAUUCCCCCCGACCUUUCCGUACUCACUCUCCACGUCUCCUCCAUAGAACGGAGCCAGGCUAUUGCCCUCUUCCCAGCCACGAUAACCAGGUCUCCACACUUCCACGCUCCCACAGAGAGCGAGACAGGGAACGAGACCGGCACCGGGACAGGGAACGAGACCCGGAACGAGACCGGCACCGGGACAGAGAACGAGACCGGGACAGGGAACGGGAGCGACUGAGGCGAGAAAGUGAAACAGAGGAGGAGGAGGACCGAGAUAGGGUUCUGAGUGAAGUGAGUGAUGGUGAGGAGAGUGAUGACACCGCUUACGACCGGAGAUGCGCCAUCCCACUUGCUGAUCUGCCAUAACUGUAUUUAACCAGGAAAAAGGCUUUAAUCAGUGUGUGUUUAUUUUACAGCAGAUUAUUCCGGUCUGCUUCACUGAGCGCUAACAUUCCAGCACAGCCCCGAGAAGGAUUUCAAGCUGGUUGCACGGUUAUUUUCUGACUUAUUUGUAAAUUCACAAAAGAUUUAAUGUGGACAAAUCUGAAACAUUGCCGUGAAACGUUCCUGAGCGGUGACAAUCUUUACUUUGAAACGAAACGAAGAAGCUAGCUGAAGACGCUUCAUUUCCUCGUCUCCCCCAGCUGUCCUGUGCUAAACAAACCUGGCAUGGUUCUCAACACUCCUGGUAUCUGAUUUUACUGCCACAGAUUUAUAACCUAAACUUUAAUCGUGGUUGCUUAGUUUUUGGUCCCAGCUAAGAUUUGGCUUUAAUACACCAAACAUUUAUUUUGUAGAUCUACUAACCGAUUAAUUAUCAGCUCCCCCUAAGCAUGCUAACCCAGUUAGCUGCUCAAUAAUAACAUUCCUAUGAGAGCUUUUUUCUAAACCUUUUGGCUAAAACGUGAUUAAAUGUAAAGGUAAAUUAAGGAAACCGCUCUCUGAAGUUAUUUUUAUACUCUUCUCUGAACUUCUUCACCCAUUAUUUUCAUCCUUGGUGCUCUUCCUCAUCUCCCUCAGACAACACUCACUGUUCUUGUUAAUAUUGUCUAUAAUAUGUAAGAUUGUUGUGGUUCUCUGGUAUGUGUGAAAUGAUGGAUACUAAGCACGUUGUUAUUAUUUUGUUGCCUGUUUAUAGCUAGUUUUUUGUUAUUUUCAUUUCUGAUCGCUGUGAAACAGCUGAACUGAUGUCCUUUUCCCAAUGAACUGCCUUUCAUUUCAAAAUAAAGUUUAUCAACUGCCCCCUCCCCAUACAUCUUUAAUUAUUCAUUUAGAUUCACAUAUGAUGAAAUCUUGGAGAUUUGUUUUGCUUUAUGAUUUGUUGUCUUGUUUUCAUGUUGCUUAGGUAGCUUGUACCAUCAGUAGAUUUGCUGUCAAAAACAGGUCGUGCGUCAGUGUGUGCUGACUAAAACUGGGGAAAAAAAUCCCUUGGGCAAGGAUAUUAGUGAAUGGAGAGGAUGCAACAGACAUUCAGACCAAAUGCACAAAUUACACACGAGGCUGCCCUUACAGUUGAUGAGACAAAGACACGCAGGGAUACCAAUGCUCGUAAUCCUCUCAAAGAAGAGUCAGAGUUGGGCAAGGCAGUGACGGAUGGGAGAGGAAUGGUGGGGCGGCAGAUGGCGUGAAAGACGUCAAUGGUUUUCAUUCUUCCCAGACAGCAUAAGGGCAUUGUGGGUGAUUGUAAGCAGGGAUGCCGUUAGCUUCGGGUCGCUGUGUCAGAGAUUCAAGAAGGUGGAGGUGCUGAAGGCUGGAGCUCAGCAGCUACCUGUGUCUCUGAACUUAUGUCAUCGUUUAGGAAAUAGAAAUCUUUGGUGUUUUGUUGGACCGAUGGUUUAUGAUUAAAACACUAAUCUGCUCCACGGCACAGAAAAGUGCUGCUUCUACAACAACUGACAUGAGGAUAUCUGAGGCAACAGGGGGUCAGGAAUUUAAUCACUGCAGCAAUCAUCUCUGAGAGGGACGUGUGUGUGUGUGUGUGUGUGUGUGUGUGUGUGUGUGUGUGUGUGUGUGUGUGUGUGUGUGUGUGUGUGUGUGUGUGUGUGUGUGUGUGUGUGUGUGUGUGUGUUAUAUGUAGGUAUAUUGGUAGAUAUGCCUGAGGUUCAAGCAUCUGUGUGUUUUUGUGAAAUCUUGCUGUUUGUUUAAAGCUGUUAUGGCAAACGUACAAACAUGGUCACAGAAGGCUCACCCCUCCCCUCGGGUAUCUUCCCUGAGAUGUUUCUACCCAGAAACGUGUGUGGCCAGAGGAAACAAGAGAGUGCUAAACACCAGUCGCCGUUUCCUAGGUCCAAACAUCUUUUGUUGUCCGUGACUUCCAAUGGCGUUUUUCUUUUUGGGACUCUAGUAGUUUGUCCUAAAGUUGAAGUGGUAGCAGCUGGCUGUUUCUCCUUGUCUGAUGUUGUUGAGCAGAGAACCUCUCACCAGUGGUGCUCUGUGGCUAAAUGCGUGAGUGCGUUAUGAGUGGAGGACCCAGUGAAGUUUGGAAGCGCAACGGCUCGGUGAAACCGACAACCGAAGAGUCCAAUAGUUGCAAGAGAACCACUUUAUUCAUUUUAUUCUUUUAUCUCCACAAUAAGUGUAUAGCUAUACUUUAGAACAGGGCCAUUCCAGGCCUCGAGGGCUGGUAUCCAGCACGUUUUGGUUUUAACCCUGCUAACACACCUGCUUUUAAUCAGAAGGUAAUUAACAGGCUUCUGCAGAGUCUAAUGAGCUGCCGCACAGGUGAUUAAAUCACUGAAUCAGGUGUUUUGGAGCAGAGAAACCACUAAAACCUGCUGGAUGCCGGCCCUCGAGGCCCAGAGCUGAACAGCCCUGCUUUAGAACAUUGUUAGGAGGCAUGAAAAAUGUUUUAAGCUAAUUUGUUACAACAGACAUUCUGACUACAUUUCCCAUCUAAAUUUGCUAUUGCAGCUUUAAUGUUUUAAUAGAACAAUAAAGCAUUUUGAGCACUAAAAACUGGAAAACUAGCUGUUCACCUUUCUUACAUUUGGAUCUCAGCAUGUUCACUCUUUUCAUUGUUCCUGUGAAUGUUGGAAAAAAAGCUUACAUAGUCAAAAUUAAAAAAAUUAUACCAUUACAUACAUUCAUAGAAUAGAAUAGAACAGACUAUUAAUCCCACAGUGGGGAAAUUCACUUGUUACAGCAGCACAUACACUUAGAGAAUAACGUGAAGAUAAAAUAACAACAAAGGUACUUAUGCACAUAGGCGGUACGCUAGUAUUGUAACCUUCGACAACUUUAAUGCCCACAAGUAAAAAAUGAAAAUUGGGUUCCAGCACUAUGCAGCAUACUGUAAAUGACACAGACAUAUGUAAAUCUGGUAAUGCACAAGGAUUGAACACAUUUAUUAACCAAUAAAUUACUGUACACACUUGUGUGGGUGUCUAAAAUGUGGAGUUACACCAAGUUUAAGUAUAUUUGUAAGAAAUGCUGCUCUAGUUUUUGCUUUUAAGCCUGUAGAAGCUUAAAAUAUCUCAAACAUUGAGGGUAUUUUUUUCUGGUGUUACCGACCCUGAACUGAUCUCUACCUAUAAUCUAAAUACAGACCAAAACUGUUCUUAGCACUUCUUUUACUUCAGUGACUGAAGACAAACAACAGCAACAGAAAGGAAAACAGACUGAAAUAGAAAUUAAAAUAAAAAAUGGUAAAAACAGUAGUAAAAUGAACAUAAGGAACUGAAUAAAAGUGUAUUUAAUAAUGGAAAAAUGUAAGAACUGUAAAAAGGCAAUUAAACUAUUACCAUAAAAAUAUUCAAACAAAAAUAUGUCUAGUAAUAAAAAGAAAUUGGGAUAAUCCCUACAGGUCUUUUGUUUUCUUUUUUAACUUUAAAUUGUUUCAAAUGUCUUACUUUUAUUUAGCUCUAAUGUAACCAGAGAUAUUAAUGAGGGCCGCAUUCCAUUUCUGACUCUGUGCAAACUAAGUUGAACAUGUGCAAAACCAGAAAUGUCUGUAAGUGGGAUGCAGCCUUUUGAUUUCCCAACUGUUUCCAUGAAAAUGCUUGUACUAUUGUUUUCCAGCUGUGUUGAGGUUUACAGAGCAAAAGCAAAACAUCUGGAAAUCACCACGACUUAAAGAAGUAUUUCAGCUUUACAUUAUGUCUCACACGUGUUCUUCCAUGGCCCAGAAUCUAAAUCCUUUUGGACUGCUUGUAGAGGUUUUAUAUCUUUAUAUCAAUCUCCUUUGUCUUUAGUUGUAACCGAGCAGCAUUAUUUCUAAAUAACAGAUGUUUUAUUUCAGUAAUAAGUAAGUCACAAAGCCAUAAGUCCAGCUCACUAGCAGCAUGAAAGUGGGAGGCAUCAUGUUUUAUGUGCUGCUGCUGCUGUUUUAUAACUCAGUGUGACAUCUAGAGGUCAAAUCCCUCAUCACAUGCAGCAGCAGGGUGCAUCGGAUACAGGUUACCACCAGACAGCUGUAAGUCAAAAUAAAUCCUGAGAUUUCACAACAUUUAACACCAGAAGACUACAAGGAUCAAAAACCUAGAGUGUUCGAGGUUUAGGUUUGAGCUCACAUCUUCAUCUUCAUCUUCACAUCCUCUGAGAGCCACCCCUGACUGAGUCAUGUGGAAGGAAUGCAGAAAUCCCGAAAGUGAGAGGUAAAACGUGAUUUUUAUUAGGUAAAGAAAGACGUUUACACACACACACACAGCCACAUCUGUGCACAGUAUGCAGGCCACACUUUGUCCACACUGUCAAACAAAUCAUACAUAUUUAUUUUAGCGUCACUUUUCUUUUUAUGAAACCAAAAUUUCAUUUUAUGGACUUAAAUCGAUGUGGACAUCUUAAAUUUAAUAAAUUAUUGACGAAUAUAAAAACACUUUGGUAAACAACAAAUAUUUUUGCCACUUUCUAUAAAUACACCAUUUUAUUUUGGAGGAUAGAAGUACCUAAAAAUAGAGGCAUCAGCUGAGACUCUGAGGCAGGCUCAACCUUUGUCCAAUGUGUUGGGUUAGGCGGUAAAACUAAUUUAGGGUCAUUA